UCGGUCCAUUUCAAAACAUUCAACAUGGACGAGGUUCCUAUUCGAAUUAAAGCGUAUCGUUUCGUUGCAUAUUCAGCUAUCGCCUUCUCGGUUGUAGCCGUAAUAUCGCUAUGUGUCACAUUACCGAUGGUCUACAACUAUAUCACGAAUGUUCGUCAACAAAUGCAUCACGACAUUAAUGAAUGCAAGAACUCCGUGAAAGAUGUUUGGAGUAAUGUGCAUGAACUGAAAAAUGUUGAAGAGGUACGGAAUCGUACAGCUCGUCAAGCUGCUUACAGAGACGGUGCUGCACAAAGAGCGGUUAGCAUUGGCGUAAAUGCAGCUGGAUGUCAAUGCUGUAAUCCUGGUUUACCAGGACCACUUGGCACUCCGGGAAAACCCGGAAGACCUGGUCGACCUGGGGCACCUGGAUUCCCAGGUGUACCAGGUAGAGCUGGUGCUUCAGCUUGUCAACCAAUUACUCCGCCACCAUGUAAACCAUGCCCACGGGGACCACCUGGACCACCUGGUCCAGUAGGUCCACCCGGAGACGCUGGAUUUCCCGGCGCGCCCGGAGUGAACUCCGGCGUCGCUGUACCUGGUCCCACUGGACCUUCUGGUCUCGCCGGCAAACCAGGAAAUCCUGGUCCAAUGGGACUACCCGGAGACGCAGGCAUUCCAGCGAGGAGUGAAGCGAUUGUACCUGGAUCACCUGGACCACAAGGAGAUAUGGGACCACCUGGACCAGUGGGUCAACCAGGCCAGCCGGGUUUCGGUGGUGGACAAGGUCGCCCAGGAUCACCUGGUCCUCCUGGCCCGCCUGGUUUGUCUGGACCUGACGGUCUGUCUGGUUUGCCCGGUAUACCAGGCCAAGCAGGUGCUCCAGGAGAGAAGGGUAUCUGCCCUAAAUAUUGCGCUAUCGAUGGUGGAAUAUUCUUCGAGGAUGGAACUCGUCGUUAG